AUGAAUGAAAUCGGCAUCGUCAGCGUGGCUUCAUUUCUGUCAGCACUUUUCACAGCAGUACUCCUAGCCGUGAUUGCAUCACUAAUACUUGAAAUCAACGUUCUGAAUGAUGAGGUAAAGCUCCACUCAACCCAGUUCCGAGAACAAACCGAUGCAGCAUGGGCAGCUCUGAUAGAUCUUCAACCAAGGUGGCAACCUCCCAAGCCAUACGCAGAAAUGCUCAACGCCAUAUUCCGACCGAAGCGUCAGAGUUCGAACAAGCUUCCUGCACGGUGUCAAUGCGAAGUAAGCCGUCCCCUGUGCCCACCAGGGCCCCGUGGUCCAAUCGGGCCUCGAGGAGAGCGCGGGCCACCUGGACAACCUGGCAGCCGUGGUAGCGAUAAUUAUGAGGCGCCUCCGACUAUCGACUACGCUGCACUCAGCACAGAAUGUAUCGUUUGCCCUCGAGGACCACCAGGAUUACGUGGAGCACCAGGACAAGCAGGACCACAGGGUCCUAAAGGUCCACCUGGCCUCAAAGGUCCAAGUAGACCAGGUCGUCCAGGACCAGCUGGACCACUGGGACCGAAAGGAUCCGAUGGAGCACGUGGCCCUACAGGAAGACCUGGCGCACCGGGUAAUGAUGGUAUAAGAUACCGUAAAUUACGUGGAAACCCUGGUUUGCCUGGAGAACCAGGACCAAUAGGUGCGAUAGGAUCACCUGGUAAACCUGGAAGAGCUGGAAAACCAGGUACAAGAGGUCGAAUUGGAAUGGCUGGGCAACCAGGAAGACGUGGUGCUGAUGGAAUGAAAGGUGCACCGGGGAUCAGGCCCCCACCUGGGGAGGACGGGACAUACUGCCCUUGCCCACCUCGGAUAAUGGAAUAUAAUAGAAUCUAG